CCACCUCCGGCGGCGCUGACGGCAGGUUGCUGCGGCUCUCGCGUCUUCAAAGCCGCCGCCGCCGCCACACGCCAUUGACACCACGCCGUAACACUACGCUCGUAACACCACACCCAUCACGCCACACCCGUAACACCACACCCAUCACAACACACCCGUAACACCACAUCCAUCACACCACACCUGUAACACCACAUCCGUAACACCGCGUCCGUCACACCCUCUUGAACGACAAGUACACCACUCCAACUAUCGCUUUUGACCUCGUUUUGAAAAAAAAAGUUUGUUUCUAAACUAUAGGUGUUUUUAUUGACAAAUGUGUGAACCUCAGAACCAGUGCAACUUAAUGAAGGACAACCCAGUUCCAACUCAGCCAAUCAAAGCGCAAAUUAAUUCAAGAGAUACACAUCGCAGGCGGCCAGUAUAAGGAGGAAAAAACUAAUUCUCUGUGUCUGAUCUGACAAGCGCUUGAAAUCCUAGAGAAAUGAGAACACAAGUGCAAAACCAUGCCAAGUGAAGAGAAAGCAACAACGAGAUGAACAUGAGUCGUAAAUAACAGCCAGAGUCCCCAUGACAGCUAGAGAGUGCCCAUGACAGCCAGAGAGUGCCCAUGACAGCCAGAGAGUGCCCAUGACAGCAGAAAUGUAGCUGCAAUUGCAGCAAAAAGACCAUUUAGGGGAGAGGCAGGGAGCAGGGUUGGCGGAAGCAUGGAACAUCCAGCCUCAGCUACCUGCGCUCCCACACCUCCUCCCCUCGACGGGGUCGGUCUGAACGGCCCCCGCGCUAGCUCACAGCUGAGGUACACGGCAAACAUAAUCUCUCCACGAGACACUAACAAAAGUGAAAGGGGAGAAACAAAUAUACCGCUAAUGAUGCAUGUAUGCUCGUGCAUCUUCAUGUGAGAGCAGCCGUGAUUGAAAGAAGUGAUAUCAGAUUACGGAGUUGAAAUAUAAAGAGUUAACAUCAAGGAACAAGUUCAGGGAGCACUCCACUUCCGACUGUCGCCCUAGUCAAUACACUGGUGUGAGUGUGGGUGACCCCAGGCGACGCUGACGAGGGAAUAUAACGAGGGGGUGAUCUAACCAGGGUGACCUGACAAGGGUGACCUAACGAGGGUGACCCUAACAUGACGGACCAGGAAUAGUGGUGAUUUUGCUGCACUAAGCUUGACGGUGACUGCUGAUCGAUAGGAAGACCACGUCCAGUUGGCCGUGAAUCUCACUAACCUGUCAGGAAAUACGACCAUAUCGUUAUCCAGGAAUUCUGUAGUUUCCUCAGACACAUAACUAAGUGACAGACUGUGUUAAGCAUGAGUUAAUCUCUUCCGACUGACCUGAAGAAUUCUCAAGAUGGCGAUGCUCAAGUUGAAUGUGAACGAGACUCUGCCAGUCUUCGUCGAGUCUGACCUCAAUGUUUCGGGACUCGAAGACGAAGCACUAUUCUCCGACUAUGAUGAGUGGAACUUUGACAUUACGAUGCCCAUCUGGGAAGUGGUGUUGACGGUGGUGUCUCUGAGUGUGAUCAUCAUCUUCACCAUCGUCGGCAACGUACUCGUCAUCCUCUCUGUCUUCACGUAUCGUCCGCUGAGAAUAGUACAGAACUUCUUCAUCGUGUCCUUGGCUGUGGCUGACUUGACAGUGGCAGUGUUUGUGCUGCCAUUCAAUGUCGCCUACAGCAUCAUCGGCAAGUGGAUAUUCGGGAUGUACCUGUGCGAGAUGUGGCUAACUUGCGAUAUCAUGUGCUGCACAGCAUCCAUCCUUAACCUGUGCGCCAUCGCCCUGGACCGCUACUGGGCCAUCACAGACCCUAUUAAUUACGCCCAGAAACGCACGCUGAAGCGCGUGCUGAUCAUGAUUGCGCUGGUGUGGACCAUCAGUGUAAUCAUCUGUCUACCGCCACUCUUCGGCUGGAACGACUGGCCGGAAAACUUCACUAAGGAGACGCCGUGCAUACUGACGCAGGAGAGAGGUUUCGUUAUAUAUUCCUCAUCCGGAUCCUUCUUCUGUCCUCUGUUAAUCAUGACGAUGGUUUAUAUUAAAAUCUUCACGGCCACUCGGAGGAGGCUACGCGAACGAGCUAAAGCCUCCAGAUUAAACCAGAUUCCGAAUACUGGGAAGACCAGAGUGGCCCGGGAAGAAGACUCGGCAGUAAGCGAGAACGGCCAAAAUGGAUAUAACGACAGUUGUAAGAAGAAAUUAGUCCAAAAGAAACGACGAAAGAAGAGGAAGUCGGUGACGGCACAAGCGACAGCAACCACAACCACAACAUCUCUCAUUCCUCCCCCCAUAGCCGAGAGCUCCAUCACUGAGAAUGAUAUCAGCAACCCCAAAGACGAAUGCUCCCCGACAGAUGAGAAGAGGAGUACGGACGUUGUAAUCAAAGUUAACCCAAAGAGUGGCAGCCAAAUCCACCAGUUUAUCGAGGAGAAACAAAAGAUAUCAUUGUCGAAAGAACGUCGCGCUGCGCGAACACUAGGCAUCAUCAUGGGGUCCUUCGUGGUGUGCUGGCUUCCCUUCUUCCUCAUGUAUGUCAUUCUUCCCUUCUGUCCCUCGUGUCCCGAACCCAACGGUAAAGUGACCAACUUUAUUGUCUGGCUAGGAUAUAUAAAUUCUUCUCUCAACCCCGUCAUAUACACUAUUUUCAACUUGGAUUUCCGAAGAGCUUUCGCAAGAAUCCUGAGAUGUCCCAACGCUGCCACGAUAUAAUACACCAUAGUAUUUCCCUUCUUAUAUUGCAUCAUCUUCAUCCUGGACUUCCACAAAUAGUGCUACAACAUAGCGUGCAGAAAAGCUGUCGAAACCUUCAAGCACCUCGGCAUAUGAACUUCGCUCACGCUGCGUAGCAGUGUUGAACACUGUCAUGGUUUGUUGGAGGGCCUUAAACUACGCUAUAAAAUAAAAGCGUGAUAUUAUAUCAAAGAUAAUUUGUUUAUACUUUACUGUAUCUUCAGUGAAGAAUAUAUUAACGUAGUACCGGUUUCAACAUAUUGUAGAAAACUCUUCAUAUCAAUCACUGACACUGAAGUAUUAAAAUCAACAAGGUCACUGAAACUGAUAAGACACUGGCUUGCUAACCGAGCAUCCGGUGUGUCUGUGCAGUGUGAGAAAAAGUUAAUCAGUCUGUAUAUACAUAUAUGUAUAAUCUUGUGUAAAUAGGGAAUUUAUUGUGAACAGUAAGAGGAGACAAUUGUAAAAGUAGUAGGAGUUACUUUUCUAGAGUGUACUUGUUGGGAACAUGACUCAUAUCUUAGUUUCCAUCACAUUCACUUACACGUGAAAAAAGUCAGGCCUGAUGGGCCCUUCGCAAAACAAAAAAAAAAUGCUCAUUUUAUGUGUUUCACCUCUGGAAAAAAUCCAAAUUACUGCUUCCCAGUAUAUAUUUAUUACUGUGAUAAUGGGAACAGUAAUAAUGAAAGGAACUAUCUACAUCGAUGAUAUAGAGUGAAUCUGGUUUAUUUCUAACUGACACGACUGAGUUUAUUUCCUUUUACGAAACAAUUAUACAAAG